AUGGGAGUUUCUAUUGGCCAGAAGACUACUGCCAGUGACGAUGAGGAAAACUGGCCAAAAGGAAGCUACUGCAUCUACAAAUAUGGAAAUUGUCCAGUAGGAUUUAGAUGGGGUCGCCUGGGAUUUCCCGAGGGUGCCACGACUGGAGUUGUGCCGGAUGGCAGCGUGAGCAGUGACGGCAUAAAGGUAGAGUUCUGCUGCCGGGAUGACGGGUUUGCCUCCAACCCCAUCCGGCUGCCUGCCAGGUCCCCCUUCCCUCUGCUUCGACAUGGAGGAGAGUGUCAGCAGGUUGACGGAGCAGAUGUCCGCCAGGGGUGGAUUGAGUACAGAGGUAACGGACACAGGGCCGGCAUUACCCCAGAUGAUGAUGGCGACGACAACAGCCACGAGCUCUACUACUGCUCCUACAGCGUCCCCGGUUCCAUCGUCAACAUCCCAGCUACACGGGUUAUCUCAGCUGCGAUGCCUGUACACACAGCCAAUGUGCUUGGCUUUGCUACAUUUGUCACUAUCAUCUGUGUAGCUGCACUAUGAAUUCUGAAAGAAAUGUCCUAAGAGAAAUACGAUGAUUAUAAAUGAUAAGGCUUUAACUCAUUUGAAAGAUCAAACCCAUUGCUAGAAAAUUACCAUUUAUACUUUUAUCUGCUAGCAGCCAUGCUAGAUAGAGAUGCAUGGUC